GGUUGUUAUAGAGAGGAUUCAGGAAUCGCUUUCAGGCUUGUAACAAUCGGUUUGGUGCAACUCUCAGAGAGAGUUAAUUCCAUGAACUGGACGAUAUCACAUACAUGGACUCGAGACGCGCCGAGACGCUCGAGGCGCUGUCCGCCUACAUACAGACUCAAAAAUCUCUGUUAAGUCGUGCAGAGGCAGACAUAGACAAACUUAGGAAGCUCAGAGCAGAUGCACUUAGCCAACCGAAGGCUUUCGCCGAGAAUAUCGGUUCGAAGUUCAAUGGUCCUGGCUUGAGGCUGUCGGAAAAUAAUGAGUGUUCCGUAUCUCCCCUUGCGAACGAGGUCCAUUGGCAGGUCUUCUCCUCGGCUGACCCUACGCCUUUACGAACUUUUGCGGUCCGAAAGCGUCUCGCACACACGGAAUGGAGCGUGCCGCACACCACUCAGCACUCCCCUCUUUCCUCCCUCCAACAAUUCGUCAAAGAUGCACGGCGAAUCAUCAUUGACCCCGUCUUGGGAAGCUUUGACCCUGAUAACGCAAUCUAUCUUACGUCUAAUUCUAAUCUUACCACAUCUGCAUUUCAUGCUAGUCUCGAUCAGCCUACGUUAUCCGAGGACGAAGCUAUGGAGGAAGAGAAAGAAAGAAAAUCACCACCCGUCCAAGAAUCCUUCACAGCCACGCGUAGGCGUGAGCGUGCACAUGCCAAAAUACAAAAACUCAAAGAGAGAAAGAUUACAUAUCACACUGUCGCUGAGAAUGGAGAGGCGGCUAACGCAGUAUUUGUCAGGAAUGAUGUAGAUGACGAAAGCGGGGAGGUUGAUAUUAGCGAGAGCAGCCUUUGGCCAUCAGUCAACGACAGUACAUCCAUGGAUGUGGAUGAUUCCACAGAUAUGACUGUCCCAUCUACCCCAUCCACAAUAGCACCACCAGAGCUUGCUCAGCCUUUAACAUCAUGGUCCAAGAGACGCACUUCGACCAUUAAUCAACGCCUUGCCACACGAUCUGACAAUCUCAAUCGACCUUCCCGUUCGCGCAAACCAUAUGUCAAGCUCCAGCCUCAGUCGCCCGACAGUAACCUCGAGGCCAGCGCCCAGUCCAUGUCGAUCACCAUCCCCCCUCUUUCUAUCCUCGGAAAACGCUCUCGUAAUUCAGUCGACGUCAAGAUUAACCACAAGUUUAAAGCUGAGCCAUCACCACCCGCACCAGAACCCAAAGCAGAUAUAGACAAGCCAAGACCUGAAACUUAUAAGCAGGCAUGGUCAGUAUCCGAACAACAUCUACUCGAACGGCUCCUCGAGGAGAUUCCAGAUGGUGAGCGCAAUCGAUGGGCAAAGAUCUCGCAAGCCAUGGGUGGUCGCCGGACACCACGCCAGGUUGCAAGUCGCGUUCAAAAGUAUUUUGAGAAGUUGAAACGCUUUGGUGUAGGCGUUGAAAAGAAAUUAAAAACAAGUUCUAGGAGUUAAUCACUCUGCGUGUGAGAUGUACGUUUUGAAGGUUGUUGGGAGAUGUCGCAAUAUUGCAUUGAACAGUAUAAUAAAGAAGGAAGGGCCACCGCUCUUCUACUGGGUCUAGGAGUCUAAGUACUUUCAAAUAGACUGGGCAUGUACCAGGUUGCACCCA